ACCAGGUGCUCUUCUAGCCUCUUCCUCAAGCAAACUUCAUCCUCCAUCAGUCUUUCAGGCGCUUUGCAGGGACACAGAGUCCACAACCCACUGGCAGCCAUGAGGAUCCUCUACCUGCUUUUCGCUGUUGUCUUCCUUCUCUUCCAGGCUGCACCAGGUUCUGCAGAUCCUACUUUUGCUGACACUGCAGCGUGCAGGAGCCAGGGAAAUUUCUGCCGCGCUGGGCCAUGCCCACCCACCUUCACUGUCUCAGGGUCGUGCCACGGGGGGCUGCUGAAAUGCUGUUCCAAGUAAGUGCCACAGGACUGAAGGGCAUCAGAGGGGAUUUUUGUUCUGCCACUUUAGCUACUGUUUCUCUGAAUAAUAUGCACAACUCCGUGGGGCUUUCAGGGCAGCCAUUUCUGAGAAAGUCCAGAUGGAGGACGAACAUAUAUCCAUCAUAGUUGUGUGUUUGAGGAGACAAUUCAUUUUGAUGGAAGUCAUGUAUGAAAGAAAAAGUUCAGGAGGGUUAAAAUUUCCCAGAAUACAGUAUUUUCUGCUUUAUUUUGAUUUUUUUUUCAAGAAUUUAUUAGGAAAAUAUUUCACAGUAUUUUCACCCAUCAGGGAAAACAAUUUCUCCUCCCUUACUCUGUUCUUUUAAUUUCCAAAAUGACCUAGAAAAUUCCAUUUUAAAGGAGGAAAAUUGUUCACAGAACUCUGCUUCUCAUUCUCUUCCCAUCUUUCCUUCCUCCCACCACUGUGCAGCUCAUAUAAAGAUGAAGAAGAAUUAAUUUGUUAGUGACUGGAGACAACUGAGUGUGCAUUUUACUUUUGACUUUGGAGACCACUUUCUAAUAAUGCCUGGAGUUUCCCUGAUAACAAGAUUUUUUCUUUCCUUAAGGUUUCGAACAUGCUUUUGGGGAAUGCACUUUAGCCUAAGAUAAAACAUAUUCCUCAGGCAUUUAAUUCUUACAAUAGUUUUGUUCCACUGAUGGCCACGUGACGAUCAUUGCCAGCUGCAGUGAUUGUCACAUAUACUGAAUUCAAUUGCAAAUUAGGAGGAGUUCCUGUAUCUAUUGACAAAAAGGACAGGUGUGAUGACAUAACUCAUCCCAGCAAGAGACAUUCAGGCAGAUCCUCAGUCACUGAAGUGACUGAACAGACCCUGGUUCAAAAUAGAGAGCUCAGAUCUGUAUUUUCUGAACUUUCCACAACUCCUUAUUCUGUUAUUUAGAGAAUUGCCAGGGUUCAAAGGUUCCCAGAAACUGAAGAAAGUGUAAUGAUACGUCUCUAGGGAAGAGGUUGCACGGCACUAGUUCAGCUCAUGGGGAUGGAUCCUCAGUCAGACAGUGGUUUCGGGAAACCCAAGUCAUACCGAUAAUAGGACAUGUGUGUUGUCAGAAGAUUAAGAUGCUAAGGAAGCAUCUACUUAGGAACUCAGGAAAGUAAAUGAUACAGAAGCAACCUACUAAUAGAUGAUUUUACAAAGGAAUGAUGCGAUCCCUCAGUCUCUGUGAACAACCAUUCUCUUUAGGAAGCAAGUUCUACAGAGAGCAAAUAGACUGGUAGGAGCAGAUGGCAGGUCUCCAACAUCAAAUUUCUGUAAGAACAUCUGUUAGGCCUGAUCAAAGGAGAAUUGGGGCAGGGAAAGGAACAAGACUUCCUGAGUUUGGCUCCAGGUGUAAUUUUUCUACACAAAUACUCUUUCUCAGAAGAAUGUAGCCAUAUGUAGACAUUGACGGAUACCGAUGUUCAGAAUUAAAACUCUUCCUAUUGGGCUGUGAGAUUUUCAGCUGGGUUGAUCACCACAGCAGUAGAAGUUGAAACCAACAGGGUAUUCUGAGGCACAAUAUGCAUUUUUUUUUUCCAGCUGAGGAUUCAACCUACUGAGUUGCUUGAAAAGAAAUCUUUGAAAUUGGGCACAAAGAGUUUAAUUCAGUAAGCUACACUGAGAAGUUUAGUGGCAUUUGAGGUGUUUUGGAGUAUUUAAACCACAUAUACAGAUCUGGCUGAGAUAGCUCAUGACCUAUGGGAAAACAUUGCUUUUCAGAAAAGAUGACUUGGGGCCAAGCAUAUACCCCAGAGCUCUUCAAAUGGCACUAGACUUGUGUGAUUCAGUAACUAAAUCAAAUCCCUCAUUUUUAUUUUAGGGUGAGAUGAAUCAAAAUUUUAUUACUAGUGGUAAUACAACUAGUUUGCCAGUGACCAUAGUUCAUGCCUAUGAACAAUGUCAUGGACAUCUGCAGACAUAAACCUCCAGCACAGAUGGGGACCCUUCCAUUUAAAUAUAGAUUUUUAAACCUGUAGGCUGAACCUACCCUGUACAUUUAUUCUGAAAGGUAAUUAAUGGGUAUUGAGGAUUUCAGAGAUUGAUUUUAGAUUACACUUCGGCAAAAUAACAAGUCACUUUGUAUCCUUACAGGAUUUUGGCAGAGUAAGAAGAGAAAGCUUUCCUGGGUCAGUGCCCUUGUGCCAGCAACAUUUCCGCUACCUUGAGGAGGUGAUUUUGAUGGAUUCCUCCUCUGUCUAAACCCUCCUGCAAAUGAGCAUUAAAAGAAGCUUCCAGAGGGCACGUCCUGUUAGCACACUGCUUCUGGAGAUCCAGGUUUUUCCUUGCUGAAGUCACUCCCUUUUUUGCUCUUAAUACACAAGCCACUUUGGCACCUUGGCCACUUAUUCCAGCCUACCUCACGGGGAUGUUUGGUUGUUCAAUCAGUUCAAGUUCAUGCAGGUCUCGGAGGAUGUGAAGCAAUAUAUUGUUAUUUUAUUCACCUACAAAAAUAAAUGUCUUCUUAAACCAAUAA